CGCGCAACGUUUCUUUCUGCCAACUCGUCGAUGUAUCCCGGCAGAAGAUCUCGUUGAAUUUCUCGUUUGUGCGAAAGAGCUCUGCCCCCCGCGUACAAGCACACAAGAAAUUACUAAGACUGACAGUUUGAUCUUGUAUGAGAAGGUUAGGGAAAAGAGAUGAGCGCGACACACAAUCACGGUUUCUCUUAUUUGCUUGUAAACCCGGUUGUUGCGAAGGUGCAUGCAGGUGAGUCAUCAUGGAAGAGGAGAUAUACCGGACGUGCUUGUGGUCGCAUGCCUAGAGACUAUGAAUAUAUACAUGUAAUAGGUACACACAGGUGUGCCGCUAGAUACAGUUACGAGCGCUGAGAGGGGCUGUGCAAGAGACUAGAGGUUUGUCAAUGAAAUUCUGCGCAUGCAUUAAGCAACAAGCUCAUUGGCGGGCGGACACAAACAUAUGUAGCGGCCACGAAAGUGCUUAUAGCGGAGAGCGGGUGUAGAGGUGAGUGAGACGCGCAACGUUUCUUUCUGCCAACUCGUCGAUGUAUCCCGGCAGAAGAUCUCGUUGAAUUUCUCGUUUGUGCGAAAGAGCUUUGCCGACCGCACAAGCACACAAGAAAUUACUAAGACUGACAGUUUGAUCUUGUAUGAGAAGGUUAGGGAAAAGAGAUGAGCGCGACACACAAUCACGGUUUCUCUUAUUUGCUUGUAAACCCGUCUACUGGAUUUGUGUGACGUGAUGGAGGAGAAACGCGCCAAGACUUUGACGUCUCGACGUGUUUGUGAUGUUAGCGCGCAUUUGCAAUAUAUUGCGUUUGUAUUGUGUGUUGUAAUAGACAGUAGACGGGUGUGGGGCGUGGUGCGAGGUGAUAGAUUAGAGCAAAUGGAUUGUUAGAUUGUGAUGUGAGUAAAGGGUUGAUGUGGUUGUGUACUGAUUGGAUUGAGAGCACGUGUUGAGUGAAUUGUCGUUUGUUAAUGAAAUUGGAAGGAUUUAUUGUUAUUGAUGUGUUACUGUGAUGUUAGAAUGAGUGAGAGAGACAUCACAACAUUGAAUAGCCAACUAGUGGUUGCUGUAAAGAAUAACGAAGGUGAUGAGGUUGAGAGAUUGUUAAGUCUAGGAGCUUCACCGAAUGCUUAUAGUCAUUCAGGACGGCCUGUAUUGGUGGAUGCUUGUAUACAUCGCUCCUAUUCUGUAUGUAAGCUGCUAGUGAAGAGAGGGGCAGAUGUGAACAAAACUGAUUCUUUGGGUAGGACUGCUCUAAUGAAGGUAGCAAUGAAUGGUGAUGAUGAAAUGGUCGACUUCCUUUUAUCAUCAAAUGCUGAUGCUGGACCAAAGACUAAGGAUGGUUGGACUGCAUUUGAUUGGGCUAUGAGAGCAGGUCACAUGUCAACAGCUGGUCGUUUGGUGUUGGCAACUCAAAGAGUUGAAGAUGUUACAGUUGAGAGUCUUCCUCGCGUGUUGCAUUGGGCAUAUAAGAAUAAGAGAGAUGAUGUGAUAAAGACAAUUGUUAAGCUGGGAACAGAAGUGAAGGAUGACUCGGGACGAACUUUACUUCACUAUGCUGCUCGUUAUGACAGUCGUGAUGUGGUUGAGUUUCUCUUGGCCAACAAGGCAGAUGCUGAUGCUUCAGACGAGAAUGGUAAGAGACCAUACCAACUGGCUGAUGGUGAACUGAGAAGACGACUGAAGAAAGCAAUAGAUGAACAGAAGUAUGCUGUUCUGUUUGCUGAGGGCACAGUGAGACCAGAAAUCAUCAAGUUGUGUUUCAUCGGUUCAGAAGGAGCAGGAAAGACGACACUCAUGGAGGCUCUCAAACGAGGAUGGUUAGAGUGGAUUUUUAAAAACGAAAAUCAAGCAGACAACCCGGAUUGUGAAGAGGAACGCACAAUUGGUAUCAACGUGAUGACAGCCAAUAUUCCAGGAGUGGGUCGUGUUUCACUGCGGGACUAUGCAGGUCAAAAGCAGUUCCACAAAACCCACGGCCUCUUCUUCUCUCCAUCCAACUCAUUCUUCAUCUUGUUAGUGAGUCUAGUGAGAGUAAAGGAGAGACGACUGUGCAGCGAUGAGGAGUUGCGAGAUGAGCUUCAGUACUGGCUCUCAUUUCUCAGAUCCAGUUUGGAUGGAGAGUUUAUACCCACAGUGUUGAUAAUGGCCAGUCGAGGAGAUUAUUAUCGUGAUGGUCAGCGUGUGUUACAGCAUGUGGUCGACUACAUUUGUGAGCUGUUCAAAGGCAUGAUCAACAUCGUUCAACAUUGUUUGGUUCUCGACUGCAGGAAGUGUUCGUCCCCUGAAAUGAGAAAACUCAAGAGACUUUUACAUGAUAUGAAGCAGCAACUUAAGCAAUCUGCUCCUCUGUAUCCUCGUCUUUGCCAGCCAGUCGUGUCCAAGUUGCUUCCUUCUCUUCGUAAGAAACAGAAAGAUCCAUUCAUGGAGACGGCAACACUCAUGGAGAGGAUAGAGCAAGAAGCAUGUCCAGGACAAGAGAAGAAGGUUGUAGAAAAGGUAGUUGGUUUUCUGGAUGAAUCAGGAGAGAUUGCUGUUGUUGGUGAUGUGGCUGCUCUCAAUCCUGCUUGUCUACAUCAAUAUGCCAUCGGUCCUAUCGUUGCUUCUAAGGAUUUCAAGUGGCAUGUCAAGUCAGAGAGAAAUGAUGGCACAGUAACAAGAGAAGAAGCAAAAACGGCAAUCGAUCAUUACUUGAGAGAUCACAAGAUUGCUGUUCAACUCGACACAGAUAAAGUUCUCAUUAUCAACAAAUCUCUUGGUAUCUGCUUCAAAGUGGAAGGCAGAGACAACACGUACAUGUUUCCAGCUCUCUUACCUCCUAAGGAUCUGUCUGUCAUGUGGAAGAAAGAUGAGAGUAAGAAAGUGUAUAUCGGUCGACGUCAAGUGUGUAGAAGUCAGACGACCAUCUUCAGUCCAUCUACAUUCUGUAUGUUUCAAUCUAAAGUUUGCUCAACAUUAGAUCCAGAAGCAAGGCUGUGGAGGGAUGGACUGAUUCUAUCACAAUGCAAUACAGUUCAUAAUCUCAUUGAGUGUUUGGUGGCCAUGAUAGAUCCUGUUCGUUCUGUCGACUUUGUCUGUCGUGGAAGCAAGCAAACAGAAGCAGAAUGUGUUUCACUGCUGGACACUGUCAUGUCUCUUUGGAGAGAUAUGUUAGACAGGUAUAGUCCAGGCACUGAAUAUCAGACUGAAUAUCUGAGCAGAAAGCAUUUAGAGGAACAUAAAGAACUGAAACGAGUUGCUUUCUACUCUGAGGAGAAAAUCAAGGAAGCAAUAGCAAAGGAAGAAGGAGCACAUGCUGCUGUCAAACAAGUAGUUGGUGAUGAGCUGAUGGUAGAAAGUCUCAGCAACCUGCUGGUUGUUCAACCCAUCAGUCAAUCGGCUCCAGUUUCAUCCAGUGCAGUUUCUAAUGCUGUUAUUGGGUGUGGUUCAUGUCAAUGGUAUUCAUUUGGACUAAAACUAGACUUUAAUCAUGAUCAGAUUGAAGCUUUGUGUCAUGACAAAGUGACUCCUGCUGAUAAAUUGUCUGCAAUCAUCCAAGUAAAGACCAAACAAGUUGGUGAUGUGAAGAAGACGGAUGAUCUGCUGUUAGAGGCGUGUAGACAUUUACCAGAUCCAAUUGAUGGUGCAGUGAAGGAGAAACUUGGAAUUUAUCAUUAAUCACGUGACUGUAGAAACUAAGAUUUAUAUAUCAUCUACAAUCGUGAUUUUUGACAAAUGUACUGUUUGCUGAAUGCCACAUAUUUGACAUGUAGUGAUGAUGGGUCUAACAGAAUACAUGCAGAUGUAGAUUGCAUGCUAUUUUAAUCAUGCACUAGGGUUACAGUAAAUUUAAUUGGUUACAAUGCUGCCA